CGGUCAGCGCAGACUGCUCGAUAUCGUUUGGAAACCUGAAAUAAAGCUACACAGAAUAGAGCUCCCACACCAGCAUGUCUGUGAGGAGGAGGAGGUUCUCACUGACCAUCAGCUCUGUGACCAGGAGAGGAACUCAAGUCUGGACCAAGAGGAACCAGAGCCUCCACAGAUUAAAGAGGAACAAAAGGAACCAGAACCUUCAGACAUUAAAGAGGAGCUCUGCACCAAUCUUGAGAUAGAACAGCCGGUACUGAAGGAGGAGACAGAAACCUUGAUGUUGACUCCUACUUGUGAAGAAAGUGAAGAUCAGACUCUGGACUUGAGUCCUGAUAAAACUCAGAUUGACAAGUCUACCACUUUAAAGAUUCACAAUAAUACUUUGACAGAGAAACCGUGUUUUGAAUGUGACACUUGUGGGAAAUCCUUUGUGGUCAAGGCCAGUUUGUGCAGACAUCGCAGAGUCCAUACAGGUGAAAAGCCGUAUCCAUGUAACACUUGUGAGAAAAAAUUAUCUACACUGAACGCAUUAAAAUUGCACAUGAGACUCCACACAGGUGAGAAGCCGUACCCAUGUGACAUUUGUGAGAAAAGAUUCUCUCAGCUGAGCGCAUUAAAAUUGCACAUGAGACUCCAUGCAGGUGAGAAGCCGUACAAAUGCAAUACUUGUGGGAAAUCAUUUGUGCUCAAGUCCAUUUUGUGCAGACAUCUCAGAGUCCAUGCUGGUGAAAAGCCAUAUACAUGUAACACCUGUGGGAAAAUAUUCUCUAAUAUAAGCAACUUAAAAGUGCACAUGAGAACACACACAGGUGAGAGGCCGUACCCAUGUAACACCUGUGAGAAAAGAUUCUCUCAGCUGUGCACAUUAAAAGUGCACAUGAGAGUCCAUACAGGUGAGAAGCCGUACCCAUGUGAUACCUGUGAGAAAAGAUUCACUACGGUGAGCGCAUUAAAAGUGCACAUGACUCUCCAUACAGGUGAGAAGCUGUAUCCAUGUAACACUUGUGAGAAAACAUUCUCUACGCCGAGCGCAUUAAAAGUGCACAUGAGAAGACACACAGGUGAGAAGCCGUACCCAUGUGAUACCUGUGGGAAAAGAUUCUCUGAGAGGGGCAGUUUAAAAAGACACAUGACUCUCCAUACAGGUGAGAAGCUGUACAAUUGCAAAACUUGUGGGGAAAAGUUCAGAUUUGUUACCAGUUUGAAUAGACACAUUACAACACACACAGUGGGAAAAGAUUCUUUAUCUAAGUUUUCUUAAGUUUUGUAAUAUUGUAACUUUCACCAUCAACGUCCAGAGAAA